AUGGCAGUCGAAGCGAUGUGGUCGCAGGCCCGAUAUAGCAGACAGACUGUUGCGUGCGGCCCAGAGUUGACGAAAGACGACCGCGCGUACAAAGCCGAGCAAGAUGAAGAGUUCCAGGCGGUGAAUGUGCCAAAGAACAGAUACGGGACGGUCUCGGGGGUGGUGCAGCUGUGGACACAGGCGAAAUUUGAGAUCACUGAAGAGUGGGAGGAGAUGACGGUCCAGGCGGAGUUCUUCGCGCCAGACCCGUGA